AUGGCAACUUACGAACAGGAACAUAAUAUAUCAGAAAGUAGCACCCCUUCCAGGACAGAUGUUGGGCGAGGAAGACAACAUGAAACCCUAGCUUCAAUUAUAGACACAUUCUUACAACAAAACACCCCACAACCAUACGACACACCCUCCAAUGCAUAUGCUGCAGAAGCCUUGAUUUCAUCCUUGCGUCAAUUGAGUGAUGAGAAUGGAUCUGGUUUGGCAAACAUGUUGAUAGAAUCAUUGGGGGAUCCAAUUACUAAUAAAGAUGGUGGAGUCCCACUGGAAUUUUUGGAUACUUUAGAAAGAAUAAAUAUUAAAGAUAUAAAAGAUCAAGAAGAAGCAUGUUGUCCAAUUUGUACGAAUCGAUUUCUAGAUGAUAAAUAUCCUUUAAUUGUUCGAUUACCUUGUGGGAAUGGAACUAAACAUAUUUUUGAUUUGGAAUGUAUUGGACCUUGGUUACAAAUGAAUUGUACUUGUCCAUUAUGUAGAAAUAACUUACUUGAACUUGAAAAGAAUAGAAGAAAGAAAAUUGAAGAAGAAAUUAGAAAAGCCAGAGAAGAAGAUUCCGAAGAAGAAGAAAAAGAUUGGGAUGUUUACGGAUAA